AUGGCAGCCAGUCUCCUGAGAGAAAGAUCCAAGGUGCCAGUAUCUUUUGAGGAUGUGUCUGUGUACUUCACCAAGACAGAAUGGAAGCUUCUGGACCUUAAACAAAGGAUCUUGUACAAGCAGGUGAUGCUGGAGAACUAUAGCCACUUUGUAUCACUGGGACUUGCCUUUCCCAAGCCUUGCCUGGUGGCCUAUCUGGAGCAAGGGGAGGGGGCCUGGGUACCAGCCCUCCACAGAGAAGGAGCAGCGGAAUCACAGGCAGGCGAUGGGGUCCAGAAAAAGACGUCGGUUUCAAAGCCCAGACAUUGUGCACAAGGAGUGCCAGGAAGCCAGGAGGCGAGGUCGCCAGACAGAUCGGGAUCAUUGUCCCCGAGAAGUCUCCUUGAGUCCCUGAAGAACCCUGCUCUACAGCGCCUCAAGUGCGCGGAGAAGCGAUACCUGUGUCAGCAGUGCGGGAAGUCGUUCAGCCGCAGCUCCAACCUGAUCAAACACCGCAUCAUCCACAGCGGUGAGAAGCCCUACGCCUGCCGCCAGUGCGGGAAGCUGUUCCGGCGCAGCUUCGCGCUGCUGGAGCACCAGCGCAUCCACAGCGGCGAGAAACCCUUCGCGUGCAGCGAGUGUGGCAAGACGUUCACGCGCAGCUCCAACCUCAUCAAGCACCAGGUCAUCCACAGCGGCGAGAAGCCGUUCGCGUGCCACGAGUGUGGGAAGCUGUUCCGACGCAGCUUCGCACUGCUGGAGCAUGCGCGCAUUCACAGCGGCGAGCGGCCGUACGCGUGCAGCGUGUGCGCCAAGGCUUUCAGCCGCAGCUCCAACCUCAUCGAGCACCAGCGCACCCACAGCGGCCGGAAGCCUUACACCUGCCCCGAGUGCGGCAAGGCCUUCAAGGGCAUCUCGCAGCUCAUCCAUCACCAGCGCAGCCACAGUGGCGAGAGGCCUUUCUCGUGCCAGGAGUGCGGCAAAGCCUUCCGCGGCCGCUCAGGCCUCAGCCAGCACCGGCGGGUGCACAGCGGCGAGAAGCCCUAUGAGUGCAGCGAGUGCGGCAAGGCGUUCGGCCGCCGGGCCAACCUCUUCAAGCACCAGGCGGUGCAUGGCACCCUGCAGCCCUCGGAGCGCCGGGGCCGCGGGAAGGGGAGCCGACACGGCUGCAUGCUCCUGGAGCCCCGGCGGGGACCCCACGGGCCACGGCUCAAGGAAGGCAGCCCGAGCUGCGGCAGCCAGAAGCCCCAUGCCUGUGAGCACUGCAGCCAGACCUUCGAGAACAAAUGGAAGCUGCGGCGUCACCUGCGCAGCCACCGCGGCGACAAGCCCCAGGCAGGCGGCCAGCGGGCCACGGCAGUGGAGGAGAAAUCACCCCUCACCCGCCAUCUGAAAGCUCAACCCGUCGAAGGAAGCCAUGACAGCCACAGUGCCAACGUCCUGUACCCUGACAAGACCCAGAGCAGAGCCUGGCCCUGA